CCGGGGUCAAGUCAAGUGAUAGGCUACGAGCCGUGUUAUUUUUUCAAGGGAAAAGGCAAAAUCCCGAAUAUUGUGUUUUUGUUUACAUCAAUAAAAUGCAUAAUAUAAUUCUAGCUAAACGAUUUUUAUCCAUUAAAUCAUUUAUAUUGUUUUACGAUCAAAUAUUUCAGCUAAACCCGAGGAUUCCGUGCGACCUGUGGGAUAUAGGACGCUGAAUUUGCAGGCCGUAUACACAUUCUAAGCAGGAGCUUGUGUGUUUACUGAUUAUAAAAGUUAACUCAAGUUUUAUUAAAAACUCUUGUAAUAAUGGAAGAGGAGGAUGAGUUGGAGCUUACGCAAAAAGGGAAGCUUAUUAAGGUGCUAGAAGAGAAAAUCAAGAAACCUGAGAUUGAUGAUACUCUAAAAAAGGUUUUAGAUGAAUAUAACGAAAUAACCAGAAAAGAAACACCCUUUUUGGAUAACGGUGUUUUGGAACGUUUGAACUUCGCUGAAGAUGCCUUAGUGAUCCAAGCAUGCGGUCAAUACUAUGGCAAGUGUGUGGACAAACUCUGGGAUGAACUUUUACAGCUCCAUACCCGGAUGGUCAAAUAUGACGAGGUGACAGCCAAGAAUUGCACCGAUAGAAAAAAACAAGAAGAGCGACAAGAAGAAAUUUCUCGCCUAGAAGAACGAUUAAACAGAGGCAAAAGGAAGAAAAUUGUUCUCUCUAAACCUGAUGAGCAGUUACCUCCGAAAAAUGGGCAGCGACUUAUCGAUUUUCAGAUGAACAAUGAUGACCGCAUAGAAUUGUUCAGUAAGUGCACUUUGGAAAGGCACCAAAAAAUUGCUGCGGCUAGAGAUAAGGAGGAGAUUGAUUUUGAACGUCCUUUUGAUUUUAAUGCUGUAUAUGAGAUACCAAUUGUACCGUUCGAAGCUGAUGACGUUAAUGGUUUCUGGAAUCAGAUUUAUCAAGAUCAACUGCGAGAAUUGCAAAGGAACUAUAACUCAAUAAUCGUCAUUCAGUAUCACAAGUUGAGAAAUCGGUUUAAGCACCAUCUGAGGUUAAAUAUGGAGGAUGAGGUAUAUGACAUGGAUGAACCUGAAGAGCUUAACACUAGGAUAGGACGUCUUAUUUCUUAUCAACAUAUCAUAAACGAUUUUGAGGAUAACGACAAGUGUCUUUUGCCUGAUGACAAUUUGACUUUGGCUAAGUUAAGGCUGGCAGUAUACGCAAGAAAAAACUGGAUGUUAAAAAACAAUAUAACAAUGUACACUCCUUAUGAGGACUACAGAGAACGCUGGCUACAAUUUCGCAAAGAAUUCUUCGACAGAGAAAGACGAAAAAUUCAAAAUAUGCCCCAAAAUAGCUGCGAAGAGACCAUAUUGUUUUUCAAAGCUUUGGCAAAGAAGGAGCAGAUUGCUAGACAGAAAAUAGCAGAGUUAAAAGCACAAGGAAUUCCGGCAAAAGAACUACCCAGCAUCAAUUUUUAUGAUAUCAUCAUUAUGCCUGCCAGAGAUGACUAUGUUGGUCCACUGGACCCGUUUAUUCCUGAAGGUUUUGAUUUGCCACCGCCUCCUCCAAUUGAUUUAACUGAGUCAGAAACGGAAGUUUCUCAAGAACUCUCUGCGGUUCCAGCAGUUGAAGGGGAUCAAGGUGAUCAUGAGCCAGAGAUCAGUACUUUGCUUGAAAACGAACCAGAACAUCCUGACCCUAACGCUCAGGAAGGCGAUAAGCUGAGAUCCGAUUCUGGAUAUUUUGACGGUGGGUUUGAGGAUGAGGAGUCAAAUUCCGCAACUAAUAACAACAAUCAGUGCGAUACCCCUUUGGAAUUUGAUAAGGAACAUGUCGAUAAUAUAGAUAAAGCUACCACAGACAGUACAGAACCUGGAAAUCCGACUGGCAGCUCAGAAUCUGAAAAUCUCACAGGCAUCACAAAUCCCGACAAUCCCACGGGCAGUGCAGAACUUGAAAAUCCUACAGGCAGCCCAGAACCCUCUAACCCAGAGGAAGAAUCAGCUUCUGUUGAAAAUCAAAGUGCAUUCGAUGAAAAUCUAACUGAACUAGAUACAUCAUCUGAUGUAAUCAAAGACUCUUCUAAUUUCUCUGAAGAAAUAGCGGAUUCUUUACCAGAAUACGAUAGUGAAAAAAUGAACGCUCAAAUUAAAGAGUUCUCGCAACAAGCUUUAAUCGAACCGGAAGCGAUUUAUGACGCUUUAGAAGGUAGUUAUUUUCAUCAGGAUGGCGAUAUCAUUACUAUUGUUUAUAAUAAGCCUACUGUACGUGAAGAAGAAAAUGUCGAAGGGGAUUUUAUCAAACUUUUUGGCAACGAUGUGGAAUAUGAAACAGUAUAUCCCGAAAAUUAUCGUAGGAAACGGAAACUUGAAGACAGUGAACUUGAGCAAAAAGUCGAGACACGUAGACGAUUGUUAUUGAGUUGUGAAAAUUCAGAACCCUUAAAGAAGAUUAAGAAGUUAUCUAGUAAACAAGUGGAAAAGCUGAAGAUGAGUUUAAUUCCUGCCGUGAAAGAACCUAAAUGGGAUCAUUUUUAUUCGCUGAAUUACCAGACUGAAAGUGGAGAAGGUGAAAUAGUCCAAUUAGACUAUGAAUCAGACAAUGAUGAGGCUAACGAAGAUAACCAAUUGGACAAUGACAACGAUCAAGCCGAGAAUAAUGAAGUCACAGAUUUAAAUGUGUCUGGCUAUCAUAGCGAUGAUAAUGAGAAUCCUCAUUCCGAGAAUGACAGUCCGUUACCGGCUUCACAAGAUUCUGGGGUUAAUAUUGAUGCAACUAUCGAGGAAAUACAUGUGGUAAGAUGUCAAUCGGAAAGAGUGCCACAGUUAACACAACCAGCCGAAUUUGCUGACAUCUUACCUAAAAUAAUUCCUCAAGGUGACAGCGAACUGCAAACUGCUGAGGAUAUCGAGGCAGCCGCGGUCCUCGAAAGACUAUCUGAUCCAGCACAAAUUGAAGAUGUAAUAAGAGAAAGAGAAGAGUUACUGAAAAAUCAGCGAGAAGAAGAAUGGAGUUUGAUGAGCCCGCAAGCACGUGAAAGAGAACUAAUGAAAAAACGUGUGGCGGAAUGGACACAACAAAUGAAUCAAAAGCUGAAGAACGUAAAGGAGCAAGACUUCGAUAUUCACCAGUAUGGAUCGACUAUAAUGGAGUCUUUAACAAAAGAGCAACCGAAGCCGUUUAGUGAGUUUGUUGAGGGACAAUCUUCGUCGGAGGUUGUAAGAUUCUUUGUAUCAUCAUUGCAACUAGCAAAUACUAUGAAUGUAGAACUAUGUGGGGUCAAACAAGGUGAACUGUCCAAUGAUACGCUGGCCAUAAAACUUCUGAGUAAGGAAAGAUAUCACGAUCAUCUGCAAGAAUACCAAGCUCCCUCUGAAGAAACUUUGAGGGAAAGACUAAAGAGAGCUCGGGCCGAUUUGAAAAAUAGGGCUAAAGAACAAAAUCCUCCUUCAACUGAUUCGGCAAUGAUCCAAGAGAAUAAUAACGAGGAUCGACCGAGACAGAGAGGUAAAAGAGACCAAAAAAGACAGAAAACAAUGUCUCUGCCACACAAUAAUAAUAACGAUGAAUUCGUAAGACCGAAACUGCUUAGAAGACCUAGAGCACAAGUUCCCGAACUUUCAGAUGAAGAUGAAGAUCAACCCUUACAGGUCUAUAAACAUAAAAUGGUUAAUCAGUGCCAACAGCCUUGCUCAUCUAAACAGGCAGAUAUGAAGGAUUUGGAGAUUUUGACCGAACAAUGCCUAAAACGCAAGUCAACAAGCAAGAAAGCUCAUGACGCUUCACCUAUUGCUUCUCCGACUGGUCCAUCGCCGCAUAAAGUAAGAAUUUUGAACUUUAGCAUCUGCCAACGUUCCCAAGAAGAACUAAAUGUUGUGGGUUUUCACGAAUUUGAGGAGACUCAACCGUUGCCGUCUGGAAAUGACGAUCAAAAUGUCGUCGAAAUGGCCCUAUCUGAAAUCGCAGAGACACCAAACCGAUCAAGUACCGACAGUGGUUUCAUACCAUCGUGCGACGAAGAUUUCUUGGAACAGUUUGAUCAUUUCCAGCAAAUUAAUGAAAUGAAUGUACAGUCGACUCCUGUCAAGCAACGAAAACAAAUCAGGAUAAAAGUCGUAAAAAUGAAUACAAAUAGUCAGUAAGUUAACAAAUAUUUGGGCAACUGCUUAAUUUAGAAGCAAAGCUAGUAAUUAAUAAUUUUAUUAUAGUAUUAGGAUAAUAGAAUUUAAUUUUAUGUUGUUUUAAGUAUAAUAAUUGAGCGUCAUUUUUGAAAAUAAAAUUUAAUUUUUAAAUGGUAUUAGGCAUAAGUUUCUGGUAGCGUUAGGGUAAUAUUGCAUACAUUUGCUUAAUAAAAAUGAUAUAGAUUUAAGCAACAUCUUGUAAACGAAAUAAGUGUAAAUAUAUUUUAUUUUUACAAAGGAUCAAACCUAUUUUGGUAGAAAAUGUGCAAAAUUAACCAAAAAGUAAAUCAUAGUUUAGAAGUCACUUUUGUCCAUCUAAACUGUCCGUUCUGUGAUGUCGUUUAUUCAAAGUUACUAUAGAGAAAACAACAAAUAAAAUUAUAUUAUCAGUAGGUGUAGACGUUAAGUGUUUUCAUGAUAUCUAUAAAGAAGCUUAAAGUUUUUCUUAUGUUAGAAAAGUUUCCGGAAUAGUUUCAAUUAAAACUAAAAAGGUUUUCAGCAAAUGUUUACAGGGUUUUCAUAAUUUUUAUUUUUAAAUGGCGGGAAUUUAUGUUAUUGCCUUUAAUAAAACUAUUCCUAAACAUCUCCUAUUUUUGUAUAGUGUAUAUACUUCAUACUUUCAAAAAGAAAAUGUACAUACACUUAAAUUUUUUAAAUUAUACUGGUAAAAUAUACUUAUACCGAAUUUGUUAAUAACAAUUUUGUCUUUAUUUUCUAUUGUCUAAACUUUACAUGAUUAAAGAAUUUUUUAUGAUUUAUUAUUUAAAAUUGAAUAUUUUUUUCAUUUUUAUAUAUACAUCAUCUAUAACAAAGUUGUUAUUAAUAUAUUAGCUUAAGUUAGAACUUAAAAGUAGUAUUUAUAGUCGUUGCCUAAAGCAUUUAGAAUUAUUAGCAAGGAACAUGAUUCUAAAAGCAUUAGUAUUUUUCCCAUUUGCAUAAAAGUAAUAAUUUAUAAUUUCUAUCUGGAUCUCGUCACAAUUAUAUAAUCAUGAAGUUACCAGUCUUUUAGAAGAUUCGUUCUUUAAUUUUAACAAAACUAAACAUUAUCUGAUUUUAUUUUGACUUCAGAAGAAAUUCAAAGAUUAAGGGAGACUUAAGGGUUUUCUUUGACUUUUUUUAAUUUUCGACAAUUUCCAUAACUGGAUUGUGGUUGUGUGACGUUAUAAUAGAAAUCCUAAAAUAUUACUCUUAUCUCAACGACUAUAAUUAGAUCAUUUAACAGUAAAAUAAGAUUAAAACGGUUGGUUUUUUAGAUUAUACAUGUGUUUAAAAUAGUCUUCCUUGCAAUAUUUUACAGGUUAUGCGUUGAUUAUACCAAACUCAGCUUUUUUAUUUUUUUUAUAUACUAUUCUGCUUUUAGUAUUAUUUUUUAUACAGUAGUUUUUUUAAAUUGUGUGUUUGGAAAACCACUUAAUAAAUAAUGGGAUUUUGAGGUUACAUCUCGGGUUUGAACCACAUGCUGACAAGGGAAAUUUGAAGGACUCAAAGCUGCUAAGUGCUAUAAAAAGCAAUAUCUGUACAUUUAUGAUUAUUAAACAUUUAUUAUUUACUAAUACCGCAUGGAACUUUAGUAAUUUUGUUGUUUUCUUAUACAAAACUUCUCUAAAGGUAUAACAGGGGAAAGAUAAAAUUACAAGGCUCUUGUUAACUUUAUUAUUACCUUUGUUUUUUUAUUCCUUAUAUCAAAAUAACUGUCCCUAGAGAAAGAGAGGACCUGAUUUAAAUUAGAAUCCAAAAAUUUGUAUAUUAAUUAAAUUUACGAUUGUGGCCAAAAAUAGGAUAAAAAGUUAUAUAAAACUCGUUUAUUACGCGAAAUAUCAAAGAUUUAUUUUAAAAAAUAAUUAAAAUUAAUAGCAAAUGCUUCAACAAAAAUAUGGAAAUUAUAACGUUACAUUUCAUAGCACAGCAUUUGACGCACGCACGCGCUGAUAAUCGCUGCUCAUAGACGAUUCAUUAUCCACGAUGAGAAAAAUCGCUAGAAAUAUUCUGUCAACCGUUUUCAAAUAUUUUAAAUAAUCAUGGAUCUUUAUUUGAAAUAUUUAACCUUACAAUUUAAAUUAAAGCGAAAGAACACAAAAUAAAUUUUCACAAAUUCACCUCAAUUAGUUUUAUUCUACUUUUCUCCGCUAUGUAGCAAAUAACUUCACUGCUUUGUUUCUCGUAACUAAAACAAAUGCCUAAUUGCAGCUGGAUUUAACUAAUCUAUUUGAACGCGUUUACUAUAUAAACUGAACUAUUCAGUGGUAAACUACUUGAAGUUUCCUAACUUUUGGCCAGAACAAAAGCUUAUAUUUUUAAUGAAUACCUAGAUAAAUGUAUAAUCUUAUAUUUAUAGCAUAUGAUUUUACUAUUAAGUCUCCAUACUUUUGGCCACCACUAUAUAUAUUUUUUAAGACAAUUCUGUCACUCUUGGGAACUAGAAAAUAUUCCUCAAAAAAUAAAUUUAGGUGAUUUAGUAGAUUUUAAAAUUAUUUGUAGCGGAAAUAUUUUAGAAAAUUAAUUUUCCAGUAGCUUAUUAAAAAUGGGCGGUGUUCUGGUAAUGUUUAUUGAUUGAGACAUAUAUAGCGAUUCCAAUUUCUGCCUUGAAAAUUAAAAAGAAUUAUUUAUGCACCAUCCUGUAGCUUCCCUAUACACCUUUAAGUGUUUUUCCAAUCAUUAUUUUAAAACAAUUCCUGCAUGAUUUUUUUUUCUUAUCAUUUUUAAUUUACUCUUCAUUUUAAUGUUUAGGAAGAAAAUGUAAUGCUUAUCUUUAAUUAGUCUUAAAUAUAUUCAGUUCAUAUAGCUUAA